AUGGACCAAAAAUCGAUCAAGAACGCCAGCCCAGAAUACAACUAUUCAUCACAGCCGGGCCCAGCCCCGUAUUACUAUGACAACCAAGGACACCCACAGUACUAUCCUCCAAACCAAGGCAGCGCCCCAUACUACCAGGUAAUCCACAUGGUGGUCACUCAACCAGCUACAAACGUGACUCAGGUGGUGUCAGUCCAAGACAACAUGGGGCUGGCCAUCUUCGCUUGUCUCUGCUGCUUCUGGCCGCUUGGCAUUGUGGCCAUCUUGAGAGCCAGCGAGUCGAGAGACGCCAUGAACAGAGGGGAUCUCAACGGAGCUCGAGUCAGUGCCAGCGACGCUCGCAAGUUUUCUCUCAUCUCCAUAUGCAUAGGGGUUGUGCUGAUCCUCAUCGCCAUCAUCGUACCGAUUAUUGUCGUCACCACUUCUGCGUCUUACACCUACUCCAGGACUACCUACUAUGGAUAA